GCUAGCAACCCCGGAUCAGAUCAGCACCGCACCGCACCGCACCGCACCCCUUCGCAUAGGGACAGCCAGCUUGGUAGAGAAUACGGAUGCUCCAGGCCGCAAUUCCUCCUGUGAUGCACUCACAGCCCCGAAGCAACCCGCCUGCUUCUUUGGCUACCUCUUUUGUUCAUCGAGUGUAGACAAUACAUUGUGAUAUACAUACUCCCACUCCUUACUCAACACCGAAAACAUCAGCAACUGCCAAGCUCCUUACUUCCUUGGGACGCAUCUUGCCUCGGUAUUCAGCACAAUACCAGGCAUUACCCUCGCCAUUUACCUUCUCAUCUAGUCACCAUUGGCCAAGUUGGCCAACCGUUGCAUUUGAUCUGGACUCGGAGCAGCAAUGGCGCCCAACAAAAAGAAACGCCAACCCAAGGUCACCUUUGACGAUCCCAUUUCUCCCUCUCCUCGCUCCACCGGCCGAUCCACCUCAUCAGUCAAAGGGUCCGGCCGCCAGACUCGUUCCCAAGCCCGUGCACUUUUGUCGGAGAGUAAGCUGCAAGCUUCCAGUGCAACGUCGCAGGGCAAUGCCUCGGCAGAGAAGCUGCCACUAGCUAGCUCCGCUGGCUCGACGUCUAAAGUUGACGAUGGCGGACAGGCCCCUGCAGGAACUGCGCCCUUGGGUGGUGCCCCAGACUUGAUAAUUGAGGAGUACAUGGGUGACGAUGAAGCACCAGAAGACAACAACACCUCUCAAGUCGAGCCUACACGCAGUUCUGCUAUCACACCCGUAUCAAUGUUGAGACGCCGCACUGCCAAAGUCAAGCUCUCAGCGAAUUCGGCAAAUACUGGAAAUAAUGAAGACGACGACGAUGCUGAACCGGUUGCCACACCACAUUCGAACAGGCGAAAACGCAGGGCAGCUGUCGAGCCUAGCCAGGAUGAGGAAGAGUCCCCUGUGAAGGCUAGGAAAACGGCAGAAAAGACCACGCCUGCCCGACCCCCGCCAGGUCUGGUUCGAGGACGUCUAUCACCCAGAACUCGUUCAGCCAGGAGGGCUGCGCUAUCCGCAAAAAAUCCAAGCUCCUCCAGAGGCCACCGUUCUCGAAAGCAGAAAAACCUUGAACUCAUUCGUCGUCGCCGGGCCGGGGAGAAAAUUACGGACGUCACAGAGUCGGAGCCUUCCUCUGACGAACAGAAGAGGAAGCCAGCCUUAUUUGAUUCCGACAGUGAAGCGGACCUCCACGUUUUGACUGUAUUUCAUGAUGAGGAGCCGGAUGUCGAGCCACCAGAGCCGCAGUCGGCACCCGACGACGCCCAGCAGAAUGCCAAUGCCGACGUCGAGGACGACCUCGACGGCUUUAUUACUCAUGACAGCAAUGCUCUUCUGGGAGCCCCUGCCGAUAUUGAUAUCCCCCUGCAGUUCACCUCGCAGGCACACAUGCCACUCCGGGUCCAGUUUACACACGUUGUGGAGUGGCUUGUCCAGAACAAGGUCAACCCGGUAUUCGACCGCAGGGACGAGUUGUAUCUGAACGCCUGGCGCAAGCUGGGGGAUGAGUUUAUUGCUCUCGCAUCGUCCAAGUUUUCCUCCGCAGCCUGGAAACCCCAAUUCUACCUUUCGCUCAAGGCUAGACCUACCAUGGAGGUACUGGAUGUGAGCGAGAGCGGCAGCGAUGCCACGAUGUGCGAGGCUUGCGGCCGCAGCGGCCACCCUGCUAAAUUUGAGAUUCAAUUCUCGGGCCAGCCUUACUACAAGGAUACCCUUACGGAAAUCGAGUCCGACUCAGAAGAAGAGGGCAAUAGUGGGCAUGAAUCUGUCGACUCCAAUGGCGAGGUCUUGCCGUCAGCUAGGACGCGGUGGAGAGUUGGUGCCGUGUGUUGUAGCAACGCUGAGACGGCGCAUAGCCUGCUUCACUGGAAGCAUGCACUCAAGGAACAGGUGGAGGAGCAGCUCAGAAACGACGGCUGGAUGGCACCGGACAAGCUUAAGGAGCGAGAGCGUAUGAAGUCCAAGGCGCGUCGAAGGCUCGCUGACAGCAUCACGGAUAGCUGGGACCAUUUUGAAGGUUUCAUACCGAAACUCUUCUUUAAGUUUAAGAAGACGCUGGAGGAUGCUCGGAACAAGAACACAACUGGACGCGGCUACAACUGGGGCCGCUAGAUGGAGAUGUUUUGCUGCUAUCUUCUCGGCAUACUUUCUUUUCUUCUCAAUCUGAACUGCCCCUCCACCCCUCCCCCCGGAAUUACUGUUUUUUCCCC